UAAGUUAUAUUAUUUUUCUCCAAAGACCCUACUCUGAGUGAAUGCCAGAAAAAAAUGGCUUGUCUCCAAAUUUUGUUCUUCAUCUUUCUUCAUUUUUCUGUUGUCUAUUCAAAGAAUUCUUCUCCAAAUCCCACUUGUGGCAAUAAUAGCUUCUAUAUACAAUAUCCUUUUAAAUUACUUGAAGAAGGCCAAAAACCUCACACCAUUAAUGGCUAUCAAGAAUUCAAUCUUAGAUGCACUAGUGAAGGACUAGCAGUUCUAAAACUGAAACCUUCUUCUGGAGAGUUUUAUGUGCGCGAUAUCGACUACUUUGAGCAGAAAAUAGUACUUGAGGAUCCCGGAAAAUGCCUUCCAAGGAGGCUUAUGAACUUUAGUUGGUCAUCUGAUUCUCCUUUCAUGGCUGUGCUUUAUCAAAACUACACCUUUUUGAGGUGUCCGGUGGAACACCAAGCCGGUGCCGUAGCUUUUAGUCCAAUUAGGUGCCUGAGUAACUCGACGGUGUCUAUGUAUGCUACUGCAUCGAAAUUGCGAGCUGAAGAGAUGAAAUCAAACGGGUGCAGUGCAGUAGUUAAUCUGCCAAUUCCGGUUGCUUCGCUUGAUCAAUAUGAACUCAAUGGGUUUGAUAGCAAUCUUCAGUUGGAAUGGGAUAUCUCUAUCUGUCGACAUUGCACAGGUAAUCCGUACGUGUCCUUCCGUCUUUUCAACAAAAAUAGACAUUUUAACAGUCAAAUAAAUAGUUUUCAUCUUUUGAUCCUUCGAGAUUAUUGUUGAAGGCUAGUCGAGCUCGAGCACCUUGUUACAUAGUUUAUAAAUUGAAAACUUGGCUUUAUCAGAAGUUUAGGGUGCAAUUAGUUUCCAUUUUCAUUUUUAAAACGAUUUUUAGUUUCCCCCGAAAACGGCCUGUUAUCUGAG